AUGGCGGAGGCGGCGACGACGAAGGUUCUGUAUUUAGUGGUGCUCGACGAUGCGGCUGCGGCGGCGAAACGAGACGGUAAUUGGGAAGAUUCGUUUCGGUACACGCGUCCUGUUUUGCAGAGUACUCUUCAGCUUAUGGGAUGCAAGGCGCGUCACGCCUUCAAGAUAAGCAGGAGGGUUUUUGAGCUAAUAAGAAGUGAGGGAUCUUGUAAUUCCUCACCAGAGCAUGGGAAGGAAUCUGAAUUUGCAAAAGAAGGUGGUGGUUCGACCUGUGUAGAAGAGAUAAACCGUUUGGUUGGUGAUAAUGAUGAUGUUGACAAGGAGAAAAGCAAACCAUUUGAGAUGUACAAAAGGCGCACAACUGUUGUUGUUUCUCGGCAAAUAUUCUUGGAUGUUGUGUGUGAUGCCCUGGCUGAGUAUAAGUAUGUUGGCCGUGACCAAAGGGCAGAUUUGAUUUUGGCAUGCAGAAUCCGAGAAAGGAAAGAGUCUGUAACUAUUCUGCUCUGUGGCACCAGUGGCUGUGGAAAAUCUACAUUGUCCGCAUUGCUGGGUAGCAGGCUGGGCAUAACGACUGUUGUAUCAACUGACUCGAUAAGGCACAUGAUGAGAAGCUUUGCUGAUGAGAAGCAGAAUCCAUUGCUUUGGGCUUCAACGUACCAUGCUGGAGAGUACCUUGACCCUGUGGCAGUUGCUGAGUCAAAAGCCAAAAGAAGAACCAAAAAGUUGAAAGGCUCUCGAAGUGUAAGCUCCAAUAUCCAGAAGAUGCCGGACGCUGAAUCAAACCCGAGCACAACUGAGUUGAUAAGUGAUAAGCAGAUGGCUGUAGAAGGUUACAAGGCACAAAGCGAGAUGGUGAUUGACAGUCUCGACAGGCUCAUUACCACAUGGGAAGAGAGGAAAGAGUCUGUAGUCGUUGAAGGAGUCCACUUAAGCCUUAACUUUGUGAUGGGACUGAUGAAGAAGCACCCUUCGAUUAUUCCCUUCAUGGUGUACAUUGCCAACGAGGAGAAACACUUGGAACGGUUUGCAGUCAGAGCAAAGUACAUGACGUUGGAUCCAGAGAAGAACAAGUAUGUGAAAUAUAUACGUAACAUCAGAACAAUACAGGACUAUCUAUGUAAACGAGCUGAUAAACAUCUCGUUCCCAAGAUAAACAACACAAACGUCGACAAGAGCGUGGCUACGAUCCACGCGACUGUCUUCAGCUGCCUGCGUAGACGCGAAGCAGGAGAGAAGCUCUAUGACGCAACUACAAACACCGUUGCUGUUAUUGACGACGAGCACAGGAACCAAUGCGCAGCCACUUCGUUAAGUUCCAAGGGAAUGUUGCAGCUGAUCCAGAGAAAAGGAUCGUCUAGGCGGUUAAUGGCUCUACUGAAUACAGACGGCACUGUAGCGAAAACUUGGCCUGUUGGCUCCGUUGAUAAGACCGGAAAAGAGCCUGCCGUCUUUGGUACUGAGAUGGAUAAUGGAACAGAGCAUCCCGUCUAUGGAUACCUACAGAAAGCUGAGCCGGUGAAUCUUCAGUUCGGUCUUCUUGGGAUCAGCGCUUGGCCUAGCGACGGCGCAACGAGUCACGCCGGGAGCAUAGACGAGUCGAAAGCGGAUUUUCUUGAAACCGGAAGCAGGCAUUACUCUUCUUGCUGCAGCUCCCCACGGAUAUCUGAGAGUGCUUCAAAGGAGCGCAAAGAGGAGCAGUCUGUUCAUGGGAGCGAUGAUGAAGAUGAAGAAGCCGAUGAUGAUUUUCCUGAGCCAGAUUCUGAUGAAGAUCUCAGUGAUAACAAUGACGAACGCGACCGUGAAGAGGUUGGAUCGGUGGAUGAGGAAUCGACGAAGUCAGAUGAAGAGUACGAUGAUUUGGCAAUGGAAGACAAGAGUUACUGGACUGACAACGAAGACGAGGCUCGUGACACUAUCUCCAUGGUGACUGAAAACAACCGUAACGAGGCUGCUGCAAAGCCUGACAACAAAGAUGACAAAUACACCAAAAACCUCGACCUUUUCCUCAAGACGGCGAGCCAGCCAUUGACUGAGUCUCUUGAGCUAACGUCUGAGUUUAGGAACAGAAUCGUAGUCGCUGACUCGGAUAAGGCCAAGAUGAGGAAACGUUCGCUUAGUAUUCCGGCUGUCGGGAAACAUGGUUCGAUCAUUGAUGACCAGAUUUUGGCUAACCAGAUUGAUCAUGUUCUCUUGAAUGCGCCAUGA